GCGUGUCCUGCGUGGCGACGUCACGGCGGGGCGGGGCUUGGGCGUGAGGGGAAAACAACAAGGAAGGCGAACCGAGCGAGAUCGGAGCCGAGCGAAGGAGGCGAGCCAUGCUUCUCCCGGCGGAAGCGGCGCUGGCGCUCUCCCUGCUCGCGCUCACUUUGGCCGGCGAGGAAGAGUCGUCCACGCCGGCGGGGGUGAGGGUGUCCCCCCCCUCGGGGUCACCGGGGUCACCGUUUGGCCCCGCCCUCGAGAUCCUCCCGCCCCCCUCCCGGGGUGAAGUGGCCGCGGUGGAGCCGGUCAUCGGGAGGGGUCCCGCGGGGGGUAAAGUGGCCGGAGGGAGGAAGCCCAAGAAGGACCUCGGGGUCAUGGGCUACGUGUUGGGUCUCAUCAUGGUUGUGAUUAUUAUUGCCAUCGGGCUCGGCAUCGUCGUGGGUUACGUCUACAAAAGGGGCCGAGACCUGCGGUCGGUCCGGGAGCGGAAGGCGCAGGAGCGCGAGCGGCAGCGGGCCACCCUACCCUUGUCCGCCUUCGUCAACCGCGCCUGCGAGGAGGCCGGAGACCUCGACAACGACGGCAACGCGCCGGAGGGUGAGGCGCCCCCUGCCUGCGAGGAGGCCUCGGCCGCGCUGGAGGCCGGGGAAGGGCCCUCCUCCUCCUCCUCCCACCUCGUGGCCCCCCAGGCGGGGACCCCCGGCGCCUGACCCCCGACCCCGCCCACCUCCCAGGACAGACGUCGCUUUCGAUACUUCGCUCCGAUUAUUUUUUAUCGUUUACUUCCUGUUUCGGGGGAAGAGGCGGACCGCCGCCCCUUCGGGGUCUCUCCGGGCACGAGACGGGGGUCCCGGCAGCAAACCGGGGGGAGAUGGACACUUCUGCCAUGUUUCCAGGGAAGUCUGGAAAGUUCCGGAAAGUUCUAGAAGGUUCAUAGGAAAGUUCAGGAAUGUUCCGGAAGGUUCCCAAAAGACUCCGGAAAGCUCCGGGAGGUUUCCGGGAAAGUCUUCAAAAUUCUGGAAUGGUUACAGGGAAGUCUUGAAAGUUUCGGAAAGUUCCGGAAGGUUUCCGGGAAAGUCUUCAAAAUUCUGGAAUGGUUACAGGGAAGUCUUGAAAGUUUCGGAAAGUUCCGGAAGGUUUCCGGGAAAGUCUUCAAAAUUCUGGAAUGGUUACAGGGAAGUCUUGAAAGUUUCGGAAAGUUCCGGAAGGUUUCCGGGAAAGUCUUCAAAAUUCUGGAAUGGUUACAGGGAAGUCUUGAAAGUUUCGGAAAGUUCCGGAAGGUUUCCGGGAAAGUCUUCAAAAUUCUGGAAUGGUUACAGGGAAGUCUUGAAAGUUUCGGAAAGUUCCGGAAGGUUUCCGGGAAAGUCUGGAAAAUCUCAGAAUGUUCCAGAAAGUUUCAAGUUCUGGAAAUUCCCAGAAUGUUUCCGGGAAAGUCUGGAAAACCUCUGAAUGUUCCGGAAAGUUUCAAAUUCUGGAAGUUCCCAGAAUGUUUCCGGGAAAGUCUGGAAAGUAUCAGAAGGUUCCGGAAGGUUCCCGAAAAAAGUUGUGGAAAGUUUCCAGGGGAAAAGUCUCUGGGAAAUCUUGGAAUGUUCCGGAACGUUUCCAAAAAAAAGUCUUGAAAGUUUUGAAAUGUUUCUGAAAAAUUCAGGAAAGUUUCGAGAAGUUCCCGAAAAGUCUGGGAAGAUUUGGGAAAGUUCUGGAAGGUUCCGGAAACGGGUUCAAAUGGUUUAUUUUAAUUUCCUGUGUUGCGUUGCGGGAUGAGGACGGCAUCUGAAUGUAUAUUUUGGCUUCGGUUCCCUCUCUUUCUUUCUUUCUUUCUUUCUUUCUUUCUUUCUUUCUUUCUUUCUUUCUUUCUUUCUUUCUUUCUUUUUCUUUCUUUCUCUGGUCGAUCUCGUUAAUCUGCCGUCAUUAAUUUUUCCUCCCGGAAACGACCGAGAGCCAGGCGAGAACGAGGUCGUAAUUAAAAAACCUUGUUCAAUAUGUUGAAGGAUCACGAUAAAGUUAAAUUACGAAAAUAGGUUCGUUAAGGAGCGUUUUCCACCUCGUUCUCUUUUCUGUAAUGUCCUGGAAACGUUUCGGGAAACUUCCAGAAGGUUCCGGAAAAGCCCGGAAAUUUUCGGACAAGUCCACAAACACAUCUUUGGUUUUCUUACGGAUUCAUUUGUCUAUUCAGAGAAUAUUGCUUUUGAUAUGUAAUAUAUAUCUAUAUCUAUAAAAAAUCUGGAGAAUAAUUUCACUUUUAUUUUUGCAAAUUUAUUCGUUUGAAUAAAAAAUCCAGGGAAAAUA